GUCUUCCAUUAUCCUUUAGCUCUGAGCUCCAGUUUCGCAGAGAGUCUUCACUGUUCUCUCAUUGUCUUCCUCAAAAAGCCUCCGAAGAAUUCCUGCAAUUCUAGCUAUGCUCAACCUCGGCGAGUUUCCUACACAGCCAAAAUGUUGCGUAAUCUCACGCCUCCCCAUUUCACAACCUCGCCCAUUUGCUCUCAAAGCCCCUCAACCUCAUUUCUGUUCUCCCUCAAACAGAGCGACCCGUUUAGGUUUUUGCUCAUUCAAAUGGAAAUCCAGAACUAGGUUUCGCUUACACGCCUCGAAGAAUCAAGGGAAAAUUGAAAGUGAGAGUGGAAAUUUUCUACAUGAAAUGGAGGAUUUUGAUGGCGCUGAUGAUUUCGAUGAGGAUGGGGAUGGUGAUGAUGAUGAUGAAGUGUUUGUUCCUCUGAGGAAUAUGAAGGAAUGGCUUCAGAAUAAACCGCGCGGGUUUGGAGAAGGCAAAGUGUACGAUACUUCGAUUGAGGAUGAGCUCAUGGAGGAAAUUGAGCAGAGCAGGAGAGCGCAGCUUGCUAAUAUCAACAACCUUAAGAACAAUCCAGUAAAUCAAGGUUCCAUGAAGAAACAGCUCCCCCAAGGAGAAGUAUCAAAAGAUGUUCAGGUUGGCUUCCGUGUGCGUUUGUUCAACCUUCCUAAGAAAAAGAACAUUCUCAAAGAUCUACAAUUGGCUUUCAAAGGAUUUCCUGGAAUCAUUAACAUAGUACCAGUUGUUUCUGGGAACAUUAAGACCAGGGACCCUAUCUGCAAAGGCAUUGCAUUUGUUGAUUUUAAGUCUGAAGAUGGAGCUCAGAGAUUUGUACAGACUUUUUCGGGGCAGAGCAUAUAUUUUGGUAAGGUUCUGAAGAAUAUAAAAUGUGAGAUGAUGAGUUCCAGCUCAACCAAGCUCAAAAAUGCACACUCAGUCGACGAAACUAGUUAUGAUCCGUCAGAACCUGAUUCAGAUGAAGAAGAGUUAGAAGCUGAUUUUGAGAUCGAUGCUCAUACCUCGGAUUCGUGGGAGGAAAAUGAUCCUAGAGAGUAUGAUGCUGAAGCGGAACAUACAUCAGCUCAAAUGGAUGGUUACGAUGAAAAUAUGGAGACUGAUUCGGGCGAUGAACAAGAUAAUGCAAUGGAAGGGUCUGAUACCAAUGUACCCUUCUCUACGGUUCAAAAGAAAGUAGUAGUAAACGAGAAGAAGAAAAAAGCUAAACGAAAGAAAGAGACAACGCCUAAACUAAACAUUCCAGGAUCUGCCCGGAGGCUAAAGAUCAGGGAGAAAGCUCUACUUACUGGAGUUCUCACCAAAUAUGGACUAAACACUGCUGAAGCUGUGAAAGAACCGAGCUAACUGAAGCAUUUUUACCUAUAUACCCAAUUUUCAGACAAGAUGAAGUAAAUACCCGGCUUUCAGGGAAUCAUCAUGAAGUGAAAAUGAAGCACACCAGAAGCAGGUUGGUUCAAAUGAUACCCCAAUCCUUUGAGUUUCAUUUACUACUUGAAUCAGGAAAGCCUGCAAAACUGGAAACUCAAUAUGCUGCGUAGUAGAUCUUUGGUAGAAAAUUAUGUUGAGUAGAAUGUGUUAUUUAUAUUGGUAAGCAGUUAACAAUUUAGGUACAGAAUAGUUUGUAGUUUGUUACUCUAAUACCCAGAGCUCAGGAUGCUCUCUAUUUUUUGAUCAAUACAAUAUAAGCGAAAUAGAACUAGAAUCCUUGUGA